UAAGGGGACGGGCGGCCGGCGGGGGCGGCCAUGGCGGUGCUGCUGGAGACCACCCUGGGCGACCUCGUCGUCGACUUGUACAGCGAGGAGCGGCCCCGAGCUUGUUUGAAUUUCCUGAAGUUGUGCAAAAUAAAAUAUUACAACUACUGCCUGAUUCAUAAUGUACAGAGAGAUUUUAUCAUUCAAACCGGUGACCCUCUGGGGACGGGGCGAGGAGGCGAGUCAGUGUUUUGCAAACUGUACGGUGAUCAGGCCAGUUUUUUUGAAGCAGAAAAAGUGCCACGAAUUAAGCACAAGAAAAAGGGCACCGUGUCAAUGGUGAACAAUGGCAGCGAUCAACAUGGGUCUCAGUUUCUUAUUACUACGGGGGAAAACCUUGAUUACCUUGAUGGUGUACACACAGUGUUUGGUGAGGUCACGGAAGGCAUGGAUGUACUGAUGAAAAUAAAUGAGACCUUUGUUGAUAAGGAAUUUGUACCUUACCAGGACAUAAGGAUCAACCAUACAGUGAUUCUAGAUGACCCAUUUGAUGACCCACCCGGUUUACCAAUUCCUGAUCGCUCACCAGAUCCCACCAAGGAGCAAUUAAAUAGCGGCCGAAUCGGAGCAGAUGAAGAGAUCGAUGAUUUCAAAGGCAAGUCUGUUGAAGAAGUGGAAGAAAUCAUGGCAGAGAAAGAGGCAAAAACCCAGGCUAUUCUUUUGGAAAUGGUGGGAGAUUUACCGGAUGCAGACAUAAAACCUCCAGAAAAUGUGCUUUUUGUGUGUAAAUUGAAUCCUGUGACUACGGAUGAAGACCUAGAGAUAAUAUUCUCAAGAUUUGGGUCCAUAAAAAGCUGUGAAGUUAUUCGAGAUUGGAAGACAGGAGAAUCUCUUUGUUACGCCUUUAUUGAGUUUGAAAAGGAAGAAGAUUGUGAGAAAGCCUACUUCAAGAUGGAUAAUGUACUUAUAGAUGACAGAAGAAUUCAUGUAGAUUUUAGCCAGUCUGUUGCAAAGAUAAAAUGGAGAGGGAAAGGUGGGAAAUAUACCAAAGAUGAUUUCAAGGAUUACGAAAAGGAACGUGACAAAACUUCCAAAUUAGCUCUGAAGGAGAAAGUAAAGCCCAAACAAGAUGCAAAAUAUGACCUCAUCCUGGAUGGAGAGAGAGAAGAAUCCAGAGCACAUCACUCCUACCCAGGCAAAAAACACAAGAAGAAAAAACACUCCCAUUCUGAUGAAGAGGAGGAUGCCGGGCAAAUCAGAAAACACAAGGACUCGGGUAAAGAGCCGGGACGCCGGAAAUGCGAUGAGGAAUGUCCUCGAGAGAAACGAAAGGGUGAAAAGAGAAACAGGCAUCAAAGCCGCAGUCGCAGCCGAUCUCGGGACACAGACAACCGACAUGGCUACAGCAAAUCUAAAGACAGAUGCAGAGAAGAACCCCGAGAGAGAGAGAAGAGGAGGGAGAGAAGUAGGACCCCUAAGAAGUCCAAAGACAAAGAACGAUCUAAGAACAGAUGAGGAAAAAUGACAUGGAAGGAGGUGGCUGGAAUAUGAAUUCUAAUCCCACGUCUGUCAUCCUCCUGCUGGUGGACUUUCUGAACCGUUGGCCCCCACCUUGGAUGGCCCCAUACAUGUGUGGACUUGCCUCCGAACUAGGGACCAUAACACCCACGCCCAGUGAAUUCCAAGAGGGUGGCACCUGCCAAAAUCUUUCGAACAGACGGGUCCCAGCACACCUAUGGGGAAGCCCUGCUGCACUCUCCAACUCCCUGGAGCUAUGGAAGCAGCUCUUCAGGCACCGGACCAAAGCAGUUAAAUACCAUUCUUGCCACCAGCAUGCUUGAUUUAUUUCUCUCGGGUUAUGUGGAUGUUCAAGAUGAUCACCACCGUUUUAAUAGGUGAAUUAAUAAAGGAUUUUGCGUUUUCUACGUGUA